GGGCGCAAUCCGGGUACGCCGAUUCACUGUUCAUGUGUAUACUACUGUAUAAAGCAGGAGAUGGAUCGCUGCACCAUGGUUGCACGCGGAGAGGAUGAGCAUACGGGGACGAAGACGAAAAGCUGGGUGAGCAGAUGCAGAAAAACACGGCGUUGGCGGCAUGGAGGCACCUGCCAUUCUCCUGGCCGGCUUGCCUCCUUUCAUUUUUCCUGUUUCAGACAUACUCGGUAAUGGCCACGAUUUCUUUUUUCUUGUCUAGGGGAGAUGGGGCGCCUGGCGAAGUAGACGGGGUUAUAUCAUCGAUCGUUACUUGCGAAGUACAUACUUUAUCAUGCCAUCAGCGGAUGGGCACGGCUCGGCUCACUUUUAGUCUUUUUACGAAAAAGCAUUUCCGGUUUUCCUUUUCCCCUUCUUGUAUGGAUUUAGGUCUACACCGACCGGUCCGCGGUCCGCAGUACAUAGCUCGCUAUCUACCCUUUUAUGGAAUACUUUUUAUCUAGCGCUCAUUUGCAGCCCGGUCGUCUGUGCUUGCUGUUGGACUCAACAAAGUUUCGGACCACAUCCACCCACAGACCACCAACCGAUUCAGGUGUUGUUUGCUUC